AUGGCUCACCGAGGCUUUGAUGACGAGGAACUCACCAUUUCGCUCUCGUCGACGCACGUCCGUCGGCAGCAGCACCAACCCCACCAUCACCAUGAUGCCGACCGACCGCCCAAGCCAGCAUCGCAGACUGUCGGUGCUCCCCCCAAGGAAAAGACAAAGACGGAGCAACGUAUCGGUGCCUACAAGGUGAUUCGCACGCUGGGCGAAGGCUCGUUUGGUAAGGUCAGACUAGCCACCCACAUCGGCACCGGCCAACAGGUCGCUCUCAAGAUUAUCGCCCGCAAGAAGCUCAUCAGUCGUGAUAUGGUGGGCCGCGUCGAGCGCGAAAUUGAGUACCUACAGCUACUACGACAUCCUCAUAUCAUCAAAUUAUACACCGUCAUCAAAACACAAACCGAAAUCAUCAUGGUCCUCGAAUACGCCGGCGGCGAAUUGUUCGACUACAUUGUACAAAACGGCCGGAUGAAGGAAGCUGAAGCCCGACGUUUCUUCCAACAAAUGCUUUGCGCCGUCGAGUACUGUCAUCGCCACAAGAUUGUUCACCGCGAUCUCAAGCCCGAGAACCUGCUCCUUGACGAAAACCUCAAUGUCAAGAUUGCCGAUUUCGGUUUGAGCAAUAUCAUGACGGACGGAAACUUUCUCAAGACGUCUUGUGGCAGUCCCAACUAUGCUGCACCAGAGGUCAUUGGUGGAAAGCUCUACGCCGGCCCCGAAGUCGACGUCUGGAGUUGUGGUGUCAUCCUCUACGUCCUGCUCGUCGGACGCCUGCCCUUUGACGAUGAGCACAUCCCCAGCCUCUUUGCCAAGAUUGCGAGAGGAACAUAUAGCAUGCCUCAGUGGAUGCCAAGCGGUGCCGCCAACCUCAUUAAGAAAAUGCUAGUCGUGAAUCCAGUUCAGCGUGCCACCAUCGAGGACAUCCGCCAGGAUCCAUGGUUCAUGACUGAUCUCCCCGCUUACCUGCAGCCUCCUGUCGAGGAAUUCUCCAACACAGGCGUGGAUCCCAACAGAGCGAUCGAGAAGAGCGACAUUGCUCCCAAUGCCUCUGUCAAGGUGCAAGAACGUCUACACAACGAGGUGACCGACAAGAUCAGCAAAACCAUGGGGUAUGGAAAGAUGGAUGUUGAAGAGGCUCUCCAAUCAGAGGAGCCCUCUGCUAUCAAAGAUGCAUACAUGAUUGUUCGCGAAAAUAAAAUGAUGCAGGUAAGCCAACUCGUUGAAACGAGUGCCGCUGAGACGGCAGCAGGUAGUCCUGUCAUGAGCAUGUCUUCGGUACGAUCGGGGAUCCCACAACCGCCCCGCCCAUACGUCAGCAAGGUUGGUAUCCUGCCUUCGAGUAUUGGCACAUAUCACAAAGAUUACAUGGAGCGUGCCAAAUCAGGUAAACAAGGCACAGAAUCCGACGAGACAGCUAUCAAUGACGAGCCGUCGUCGGCUCGCACCGAUGCCGAAAAGGAAGAGGCCGCUCGACGUCUCAAGCCUCACUCGCGCUCGCAAAAACAGCUCGAGGAAGGAAUCAAGAGACCACAGGGCAUGACACCGAUCAACCCGCCCAAGAAGACCAAGCCCAUUCGCUGGCAAUUCGGUAUCCGGUCGCGCAAUGCACCGUGGGAGGCACUGCUGUGCAUCCACAAGGCUCUGUACAAGCUCGGCGCCGCUUAUAUACCAGACGAGGACUACGCGAGGCUGCGGCAACAAGAAGGAGAGACACCAGGUCAGGAAGAGCAACAAGAUCCUUUGGACGGGCAGGACCCUACCCAGCGAUACAAGCUCCCCGCCGAUCCUUGGCACAUUCGCGUGCGCUGGGAGACGAAGAUUAUGCGCAGCACAAACGCCAGCACACCAACAGAGACCGAGGGGAAGGCUGAAACCAAGAUGCCCGACACAUACCAAGUGCUCGAGGGCAAGGCCGCGCAGAAGCGGGACUUUGUCGCGCUGCACCUGGGCAUUCAAAUCUACGAGAUGGAGCAGGGCGUUUAUCUUGUGGAUUUCAAAUGUUCGGGGUACGAGACGGCCGACGGCAAGCUGUUGGAGGAGAAGGAGGUAAUGAGCCCAUUUCCGUUCUUGGACAUGGCGGCGCGCCUCAUUAUGCAGCUUGCGGAAGCAGAUUAA